GGGAAAAAAAUUGAGGAUUAUUUUGACACUCAAACCAACCAUUCAAUUAAACUGGAAGCCAAGGAUGUAAUACUAUGUUAUGAAGACAAAACCAGAAAGUUCAACAGACUGCCAGUUUAUUAAUUUUACUGAGAAAUUUUCACAUCCAUAAAUCCAAAUUCUCAUUUUAACUUUUCAUGAUUGAAUUUAUAGAAUAUUUUGAGUUUUAUCCAACAUAUAAACAAAAAAAUGUGCACAUGCAGUAAGUAUGCUCCAAGAUUUUUUUGAAAGAAAUCCGAUUGUAUUGCCUACCAGUCUGUUCAGUUCUAUUUUUAGUUAUUAUUACUUUGACCCUUUGUCCCGUUAUCAUGUUGACUGUAUCAACAAAUUGAAAGUGAAGUCACGUCCUUUAUGUUAUCUUUAUUUCAAUAUGAUGCCUAAUUGUUUUCUGUUACUGUACUGUAUUAUUAUUGUGAUGCUAGUCACGAUUUCUACAAAUAAAGUGAUGGAAAAAACAACACACACAAAAACAAUCGAUAAAGCCCACCCAGUUGUGAUGAAGCGGGAAGGGCCGGGCAACAAACCAUUCAUACCCCCUCGGUAACUAUGACAACCUCCACCGUUCUCAGCCAAUCACAACCUUACUUUUCCGUCUUCCAUACACGUUUUACGCCAUCUUGAAAUUACACUCGCAGUUUGUCAAGUCGCUCCCAGAUUUCAAAAAAAAAAAAAAAAAAGCACAACAACUCUUUUUUUGUUAUUGCCACAGCGUCCGGUAUGAACGGAUCUCGAAACAAAGCGGCACCGACAGUUAGCAGAGGACAGGCGGACGCAGACGCCGGCUCAGAGACGAACCACAGGGAUCGAAAAGCUGGUGGAGGAAUGUUAAAAAAGCUCAAGUCGAGGCGCAGUCAGACGGAGAAGUGGCCUGCGGUCACCGAAGAUGAGCUCAGGCAGCUGGGGAGAGACAUUUCUCCGGUCCAUGUCCUGGGUCUCCGGGCUGUCACGGAGGACUAUCUUUGCAAACCUGAAGACAAUAUCUACAACAUCGACUUCACACGUUUCAAAAUCAGAGAUCUUGAGACAGGGACGGUGCUGUUUGAGAUUGCCAAACCCCCCAACAGCGGUCCUGUAGAGAGUGAAGAGGGGAACGGAGAUGCAGACAUCAGCGCCGGGCGUUUUGUGAGAUAUCAGUUUACACCAGCCUUUCUAAAACUGCGCACUGUUGGUGCAACUGUGGAGUUCACGGUGGGCGACCGGCCCAUUAACAGCUUUCGUAUGAUUGAGAGGCAUUACUUCCAGGGGCGCCUUCUCAAGAACUUUGACUUUGACUUUGGCUUUUGCAUUCCAAACAGCCGCAACACAUGUGAACACAUUUACGAGUUUCCACAGCUUCCAGACGACCUCAUUCGCCAAAUGGUGGAGCACCCUUAUGAAACCAGAUCAGACAGUUUCUACUUUGUGGACAACAAACUCAUCAUGCACAACAAGGCAGACUAUGCCUACAAUGGUGGUGUGUAAUACCUGAAGGAAAUUAAUCUGUGCAAUAUACCCCAGCGGUGAGAUUUUCUGAAUUACAACCAUUCAGAAUCAUCUUUUUUGGGGGGACAGAAGAAUUUUCUCCUUUGUGGACACUCCUACGAACGCGACUACAUUCUUCAGAGUCGACAGACCACAUCUGCCUUUAUAUGAAAUCAUGGAUCCAUUCAACAGUACCUCACAGAGCUCAGUUUCUGGGACUCAGAGGAAUGUUCUGUUAAAUAUUUCUCUGUUAUAGUCGACUGAAACCUUUCUGUUCUUUUGGUUUGUCAGAUACGUAUCAUGUCAAUGUUUGAACACUUUUGCCUUAAGUUUCUUGCCGUCUCUGCUGGAAAGGGACACUUUGACUUCGUCACAGACCUCUCAUGGCAAAGCCGAUAGACUGCGUUAGUUGUAACUUCAUUUGCCUAAGUAGAUAGAUGUUUUCAGUUGAAAUUCAUUCAAACUACCUUUUGCAAGUGACAAUUGUGUUUCCCUUAUGGAAAACUGAGCAUUAACUAGACGUUUUACAGUAUUGUUAGACAUAGAUGACCAUGUAGCACGAGUGAACAUUGUUUGAAUUUCAUUCUCCCUUAAAUAUCUGCUAUCAGUUGUGAGUCAUUGGGACUGUUUGUGUCAGAUAUUUAAGCUUGGUGUGUGUCUUUUAUGUAUGGUGCAUUAUUAGGUCUUCUUGUGUAGGACGUCUUUUAGUUUAAGAACUGAAUGCAUUGCUGUCAUGAGAUCAGGUGUCAUGUUCAUCCUACUAAAAUCUGUUACAUUUUUAUGGCAAAAAAAUGUACAUCAUUGGCUGUCGAUUGGGAUUUAAUCUUGUCUUUCAGACUGUAACAUGUGCUGAGGAUAUUUUUGAUUUGACACAGUGCUAGAUACGGGAGUUAAGCUUUCUAUCUCUCUAUUCAUGAAAGCCCACAACUCACACACCGAGUUACCAGUCUGUUAUUGCACACCUUCACAAUCCAAUGCAAUCCGGUACAACAGCCCCGCAAUAAACCAUACCUUUGGGAAGCUUAUAAUGCUCAUUUUAUGUUUACACUGUGCCAGAGAGGUGUUGAUUUAACUCUGGAGGAGGUUGUGGUUCUGUUGAAUUGUAUUGCGCAUCCUGAAAGGUGUUUCUCAAAUCUGGUAACUCGGUGAUGGCAGAUCUCAGAUUCAUUGAACACAGCAACAGUGAAGGGUAGAAAACGGUCCCUGCUUGUGGCAUCUUUUCCAGUCUAAAUAUCCACUGUGAUUAGCUAGUUUCAUUUCUUUAGUUCUGAUAUUGUACUAAAAUGAAUGGAAAUCAGCAACUACUUGGAAGGCAGGAAAUAAUUCAAAAUCCCAUUGCUGUAACAGUAACGUAUAUAAUUUGCAGUUAAUCAGCUAAAUCAUGCAAAACCACUGGAACGGUCUGGAAAUCUUUUUCAGUACUCAGAUGAUCUGGGCUUCCUUCUUUUACUGUAUAUUGUAACAUCGACUCCAGUGCCUUUUAUCCAGGUGGUCAUUGAGAAAAGAGCCGUGCGCUUUGUUCACCUGUAAGGCAAACACUGUAGUAAGACGGUUCUUUCAACCAAUACGCUAAAGGGAAGAGACUUCAGCUUCUUUCUGAUACAUACAAUAUCUUGCAGGCACUGCCUUGUAUGAAACAGCGGAUGUCUUACAGCCUUUGUUGAUACAUUUCAUAUACUCAUGUUUACUCCUAUAAAAUUUUACAUUUUACGGUUUGAUCUGUGACAAUUCAUUAUGUAGCCCAUUAAUGACCUCAACAAGUGUGACAGCAGGGUACUUGGACAGUUGUAGCCUUUGCUCCGCGACCCUCGGUUUUUUAGUGUUUUUUUUUUUUUUUUUUUCUCAAUUGAAAUCAGUGGAUGUAUCUGUAUUUGGCUGUGCUCCAGUUAGACUGCUGGUUGGCAGUACUGGGGUUGUAGUAGCUGGGAAGACUGUGCUUUGUUUUGCCAUACAGUAUCAGUCAGUGGUGUUUGAUCUGAUCAUCUGAAUGCCUAAAGAAGUGCUUAUACUUUAUUCACACGAAAAGACUACAUGACUGACACUAAUAGACGUUAUGUAUCCAGUUUGUAGCCUGUUGCAUUGACUCCCUCUCUUUUUAGGCCUCUUCUUAGGCCGAUUUUACAAAUUAUGAUUCAGUCAUGUAGGAUUUAUAUAAAUUUGCACAUUUCAAGUAUAUUAUCAGGGAUUUUUCUCACCUGGCUUACAAAUAUCAUGUUAUUGAAUGGUGAACAUAUCAAGGAAUCCAAUGAUAUGACCUGUUCAAGACUAAAAAUCCAAAUUGUGUAUGUAUAUUUGCUCUAGAUCAGCCAUACUGGUACUUGAUGAAAACUUAGCAUGCUCUGCUGCAGAAAUGAUUAAACCCAAAUGAUUUUGGAAAAAACAAAUAUUACGUUCAGAUUUUUUUUUCUUUUUUGAUUUGACAUGAACACAUCAUAAAGGUCCAGCUGAUGGUUUUUGAUUUCCCCUCUGAGUCUUAUUAAAAUGUAAAAUGGGAAAGCACAUUGUAUGACCUUAUCUUCUAUUUACAUGGAAUGACUGAUUGAUUUUUGCACAGCUCUUGUAUUUUUCGACUUCCUCUGUGAUUACAACAGGAGGAUUUUAAUUGACCUACCUAGACUUGUUUUAUUCUUCUCUGGUUUGUUCAUGUUGUUCAUGUUUGUCUCUCAAAAUUGUAUGAAGACAGUGAUAAAUAAAACCACGUCUGAGGACUUUG